UUGGAGCUCUUCCAGAUGGUGCUGAGUUAUCUCCCAGUGCGGGACCUCAGCGCUCUGAGCGCGGUGUCCAAACCCACCCGCGCCCUCCUCAUGAGUUACAUCAGCACCGCGCCCGGGAGCCGCCGCCUGCUGCUGCGGGACUUCCACCGGGCCCCGCCCGCCGCAGCCGCCGUCCUGCAGCACUACCGAGCCCUGGGGCUGCUGCUCAAGAGGUGCACGAUGCUGCUGCCCACCAGGGACAGGCUCAAGUACGUGCACAAGGUGCUCUCGGGGGUUCCCUGUUUCCAGCUGAGCGGCUGCGCCAGCCCCCUGCACUGCCUGGGCCUGCAGUGCUACGGGGCUUUCCUGCAGGUCCUGACUGCGGGCUGGGACGAGCUCGAGUGCCACAGGGUGUUCAACUUCCUCUGGGAGCUCGGCGACCUCGCGAGGAAAGUGCAGACGGUGGUGAGCAGCAAACCAGGCAGCGCCCGCGGGUUGGAGCUGCGGAUCCGCCUCUUCUGCCGGGCCGUGCUGCUGCGCCCCCGCAGCGACCGCGCCUUCUGGCUCAGCCGCAUCCUCAAGCCCUGGCCCAUGGUCCACCAGGCCCGCCUGCUCUACCUCAUCUUCGGGCCCGUGUCCUCCCGCGACGGACACGUGGUGUGGCAGAAAAUGAUAGAAGGACCAACAGACGAGAGCAGUCUGAAGGGUUUAGCUGAUGCAAUUAAGCUGCUGUAUGGUACAGAAGCUAGAGAGUGGACAGCAGAUGAUGUUAUCAGUCUUGUGGAUGAGCUGUCAGUGGUUCCCCAGGAGUGGCUGAUGGAGAACAACGCGCGGCUGCUCCUGCUGAGCGGGAACAGCGUCUGCUUCACCUUCCUGGCCAGCAAAGCUGUGAACGGCAGGGCCGUGGAGCUGGCCAGGCUCAUGGUGUUCAUGGCUCUGGUGUGUGAGAAGGACCGGUACUGCAUGGACUGGGCGGUGAGGAUGCUGCAGAGGGUGUGCAGGGUGUUCAGCAGCCCCGGGGAGAGGCACAGCUUCCUGCAGUGCCUGGAGAACACCUUUGCUCACCUGCUGAUGGACACGCUGCAGGCAGUGCUGGCAGGGCAGCGGGACGGGGAGGACAGCGCCUCCCUGAGCCUGUCCCACCUGCUCAGCGCCCAGGCCAGCUUCCACAGGGAGAUCCUGGACCUGGCCAUGGGCAGCAGCACCUGA